GAGUGUCAUCUACCUCCGGUUCUGGAGCCAACGUAGCAGGAACUGCUGAUGUUGAAGGAGCUGCGGGAAUUCUGGAUCAACUGUUGACGGCACUCAAACCGAUGUAUUUGAGGCAAGUCUUGGAGCGAAUUCUCAGAUGAGUGAGAUACCAAAGUCAUCAAAUAAUGCUGAAGAAAUCUCUACCAGAGCGAAUCGUACCUCAAGAAGCUUCUCACAAAGAAUCGGCACCGCGGGAGAAGCAGGCACAUUUGUGGUGAGUCAGGACGCCGGCUCCAGUGGCUUCACCGUCAAGGACCUAAGGACUGCCGCACAGGCAGUGCCACAGCACGGCUUUGGAUCUGCAGGCACUGCCACUGUGGAGAGUGGCGCCGCUACCAGGAAUGCAGGUGUGCUAGGAGGUGGUUCUGCCACGGCAACAGGAAUUGGUUCCAUUACGGGCAAUGCCGGUGGAUCACAAGCUGGUUCUGUUGCGGCAAGCGGCACUGGAUUGGGAAAUGGCAUUACUACUGGCCAUACUAGCGGAUCAGGUGGAUUUGGUCCAGGAAGUGGAAGAGGAUCAGGUGUUGUAUCUGGAAAUCUCGGCGGAGGUGGUUUUGCAUCUGGUAGUAAUGGUGGAAAUGGUUUUGUGUCUGGUGGAUCAGGAAGUGAUUUUGUUAGAGGCAGUGCUGGUGGAUCAAGAAGUGAUUUUGUCUCUGGUGGAUUAGGAAAUAAUUUUGCGUCUGGUGGAUCAGGAAGUGGUUUUGUGUCUGGCAAUGCUGGUGGAUCAGCAGGUGGUUUUGUAAGAGACAGUACUGGUGGAUCAGGAGGUGGUUUUGUGUCUGGUAGUGGACUGCAAGAUGCCUUAGCCACGGGCAGAACUGGAGGAUCAGGAGGUGGAUUUGUAAGAGACAGUACUGGUGGAUCAAGAGGUGGUUUUGUGUCUGGUAGUACUGGUGGAUCAACAGGUGGUUUUGUGUCUGGCAAUGCUGGUGGAUCAGGAGGUGGUUUUGUGUCUAGUAAUGCUGGUGGAUCAGGAGGUGGUUUUGUGUCUAGUAAUGCUGGUGGAUCAGGAGGUAGUUUUGUCUCUGGCAGUACUGGUGGAUCAGGUGGUGGUUUUGUGUCUGGCAAUGCUGGUGGCUCAGGAGGUGGUUUUGUAAGAGACAGUACUGGUGGAUCAAGAGGUGGUUUUGUGUCUGGCAAUGCUGGUGGAUCAGGAGGUGGUUUUGUGUCUGGCAGUACUGGUGGAUCAAGAGGUGGUUUUGUGUCUGGCAGUACUGGUGGAUCAACAGGUGGUUUUGUGUCUGGCAGUACUGGUGGAUCAGGUGGUGGUUUUGUGUCUGGUAAUGCUGGUGGAUCAGCAGGUGGUUUUGUGUCUGGCAGUACUGGUGGAUCAGGUGGUGGUUUUGUGUCUGGCAAUGCUGGUGGAUUAGGUGGUGGUUUUGUGUCUGGCAAUGCUGGUGGAUUAGGUGGUGGUUUUGUGUCUGGCAGUACUGGUGGAUCAGGUGGUGGUUUUGUGUCUGGCAAUGCUGGUGGAUUAGGUGGUGGUUUUGUGUCUGGCAAUGCUGGUGGAUCAGCAGGUGGUUUUGUGUCUGGCAGUACUGGUGGAUCAGGAGGUAGUUUUGUGUCUGGUAAUGCUGGUGGAUCAGCAGGUGGUUUUGUGUCUGGCAGUGGACUGCAAGAUGCCUUAGCAACGGGCAGAACUGGUGGACCAGCAGGUGGUUUUGUCAGAGGCAAUGGUGGUGGAUCAGGAGGUGGUUUUGUGUCUGGCAAUGCUGGUGGAUCAUCAGGUGGUUUUGUGUCUGGCAGUACUGGUGGAUCAGGUGGUGGUUUUGUGUCUGGCAGUACCCGUGGAUCAGGGGGUUUUGCUUCUGGUAGUACCCGUGGAUCAGCAGGUGGUCUUUUGUCUGGCAGUACCGGUGGAUCAGCAGGUAGUUUUGUUUCUGGUAGUACUGGUGGAUCAAGUGGUUUUGUGUCUGGCAGUACUGGUGGAUCAAGUGGUUUUGUGUCUGGCAGUACUGGUGGAUCAAGUGGUUUUGUGUCUGGCAGUACCGGUGGAUCAAGUGGUUUUGUUUCUGGCAGUACUGGUGGAUCAGGAGGUGGUUUUGUGUCUGGUAGUACUAGUGGAUCAGCAGGUGGUUUUGUCAGAAGUAGUGGUGGUGGAUCAAACGGUGGUUUUGUGUCUGGCAGUGCCGGUGGAUUGCAAACUGCCUUAACCACGGGUAGUGCUGGUGGAUCAGGAGGUGGCUUUGUAGCUAGCAGUGGAGGUGGAUCAGGAGUUGCUUCUAUCUCUGGUGGAUCACGAGGUAGCUUCGUCUCCGGCAAUGCUGGUUUAUCGGGAGGCAAUUUUGUCUCUGGUGGAUUAGGAAGUGGUUUGGUGUCUGGUAGUACUGGUGGAUCAGGAGGUGGUUUUGUGUCAGGCAGGAGUGGUGGAUCAGGUGGUUCUAUAUCUGGUGGAUCAGGAGGUGGUUUUGUGUCAGGCAGAGGCGGUGGAUCAGGUGGUUCUAAUUCUGGUGGAUCAGGUGGUAGUUUUGUGUCAGGCAGGGGUGGUGGAUCAGGUGGUUCUAUCUCUGGUGGAUCAGGUGGUGGUUUUGUGUCAGGCAGAGAUGGUGGAUCAGGAAGUGGUUUUGUUUCUGGCAGGCGUGAUGGAUCUAGAGGUCUUGCGUCAGGCAGGCGUGGUGGAUCAAGAGGUUUUGUGUCAGGCAGGGGUGGUGGAUCAGGUUUUGUGUCAAAUAGUGAUGCAACAUUAGAAAAUGCCUUGCUUGCAUCGAUUAUCGAUGGAUUACAAAAUGUUCCUGGUAUAUCACGAGCUGGUGGCCGUGGAUCACAAGGUGGUUUUGUCAGAAGUGGGGCUGGUGUAUCGGGAAAUGUCUUAGCCAGUGGUAGUGUCGUUGGAUCAGCAGGUGGUGUUGCGUCUGGUGGAUCAGGUGGUUUUGUGUCUGGUGGAUCAGGUGGUCUUGUGUCUGGUGGAUCAGGAGGUGGUUUUGAGUCAGGCAGGGGUGGUGGAUCAGCAGGUGGUUUAGUGUCUGGUAAUACUGGUGGAUCAGCAGGUGGUUUUGUGUCUGGCUUUGCCGGUGGAUCAGGAGGUGAUCGUACCUCUGGUGGAUCAGGAAGUGGUUUUGUUUCCAGCAGUACCGGUGGAUCAAGUGGUCUUGUGUCUGGUAGUGCCGGUGGAUUGCAAGGUGCCUUAGCCACAGGCAAUGCUGGUGGAUCAGGUGGUUUUGUCUCUGGCAGGGGUGGUGGAUCGGGAGGUGGUUUUGUCUCUGGCAGGGGUGGUGGAUCAGGUGGUUCUAUUUCUAGUGGAUCAAGUGGUGGUUCUGUAUCUGGCAGGGGUGGUGGAUCAGGAGGUGGUUUUGUGUCAGGCAGGGGUGGUGGAUCAGGUGGUUCUAUCUCUGGUGGAUCAGGUGGUGGUUUUGUCUCUGGUAGGGGUGGUGGAUCAGGUGGUUCGAUUUCUAGUGGAUCAAGUGGUGGAUUAGGAGGUGGUUUUGUGUCUAGCAGGGGUGGUGGAUCAGAUUUUGUGUCUAAUAGUGGUGCAACAUUGGAAAAUGCUUUACUUGCAUCGAUUACCGGUGGAUCACGAGCUGGUGGCCGUGGAUCACAAGGUGGUUUUGUCAGAGGUGGGGCUGGUGUGUCGGAAAAUGCCUUAGCUAAAGGUGGUUUCGAUGGAUCAGCAGGUGGUCUUGUGUCUGGUGGAUCAGGAGGUGGUUUUGUGUCUGGUGGAUCAGGUGGUCUUGUGUCUGGUGGAUCAGGAGGUGGUUUUGUGUCUGGUGGAUCAGGAGGUGGUUUUGUAUCAGGCCGAGGUGGUGGAUCAGCAGGUGGUUUAGUAUCUGGCAGUACUAGUGGAUCAGCAGGUGGUCUUGUUUCUGGCAAUGCUGGUGGAUCAGGAGGUGGUUUUGUCAAUGGUGGAUCAGGAAGUGGUCUUGUGUCCGGCAGUACCGGUGGAUCAAGUGGUUUUGUGUCUGGCAGUACUGGUAGAUCAGCAGGUGGUUUUGUGUCUGGGGGAUCAAGAGGUGAUUUUGCCUCCAGCAGUACUGGUGGAUCAGGGGGUUUUGUAUCUGGUAGUACCCGUGGAUCAGCAGGUGGUUUUGUAUCUGGCAAUACUGGUGGAUCAGCAGGUGGUUUUGUGUCUGGAAAUACUGGUGGAUCAGCAGGUGGUUUUGUGUCUGGCAGUGCUGGUGGAUUGCAAGGUGUCUUAGCCACAGGCAAUGCUGGUGGAUCAGGAGGUGGCUUUGCUUCUGGAAGGGAUAGUGGAUCAGCAGGUGGUCUUGUGUCUGGCAGUACUGGUGGAUUAGCAGGUGGUUUUGUGUCUGGCAGUGCCGGUGGAUUGCAAGGUGCCUUAGCCACAGGCAAUGCUGGUGGAUCAGGAGGUGGUUUUGUGUCUAGUAGCGGUGGAGGAUCAGGAAGCUCUAUCUCUAGUGGAUCAGGAGGUAGCUUCGCCUCCAGCAGUACCGGUGGAUCAGGAGGUGGUUUUGUGUCUGGCAGGGGUAGUGGAUCGGGAGGUGUUUUUUCCGGCAGUGGUAGUGCAGUGCAAGGUGUUGUGUCCACAAGCACUACUGGUGGAUCAGGAGUAGUUUUGUCAGAGGCAGUACCGGUGGACAGCAAAAUGUUUUGGCUACAGGCAGUGGUGGACGAUUAGGCAGUGACGUAAGUACACUUGUAGUUGGAAGUGGAUUGAAGCGUGGUCGAGGUCGCGGUCGUGGUCGUGGUCGCGGGCGUGGUGGUGUUCGUGGUCGUGGUGGUGGUCGUGGGAGUGGUGGUAUUGCUGGUAAUCUUGGUGGUGGUACUGGUGGUCUUGUUGGCGGUAGUGCUGGUGGUCAUGUUGGCGGUAGUGUUGGUGGUGUUGGUGGAGGUAGUGCUGGUGGUGUUGGAGGUAGCUUUGUUACCUCAAAGCUAACCAUUAACCAUGACGGUAGAUCCCGAGGCACUGCACGCCCUAGAACCAGAGCACCAGGACACCAUAGAGCCAGAGUAACAGCACACCCUACACCCAUUAUUACAGCACGCCCUACGCCCAUUGUAACAACACACCAUACACCCAUUGUAACAACACAUCAUACACCCAUUGUAACAGCGCAACCUAGAGUCACUGUAACAGCCAACCCAGCCGUCACUAAGCCACUGCGGAAGGUGGACGUCAAGAAGCAGCAAGAGCAAAUAGAACGCGCUCGUCUUCGGAUUCUGCAGGCCAGGCAAGGGAACACACACACCACUGGUCCCAUCCCGCUCGACAUCCUGCAGAGGCUGACAAACGUGGCAGGACGCGAUGCAAUACAUAUCACUCCUGCGAUUCCUGAAGCAGAAUUUCAUAUCCGUCGCCAACAUGGAAGGGGGGGUGCGAGGUGAUGGUUAGGGAAUUCUGGCUCACCGUAAAUUUUUUGUAUUAUAAUUUUUUUAGGUAUAUAUAUUUUUUUUUUUUCUUUGUAUAAUUUUGUUUCGAGUGCCAAGUAGCUGCAUUAAUCACUAGUGGUCAAGAAACAUUUGUCUUGUACAUAUAAUAUUUUGAUAUGAAAAUAAAGAUCUUGUUUUGAAA